GUUACUGUUUUGAGUCAUUUAAAAUCCUCCCCACUGUUUUCUCAUUCAGACUGCUGGAGAUCAUGAAGACGGCUCUUUCUGCUGUUUACUCGGGGGACUUUGAAUGGUUUGUCUUCAAUGGUUCCUCAAUCAUGUUCAACGGCAGUGUUCACAAUCCCUCCACCGACGAAUCGCACAUUGUGUCUGGAAGAUCACAUCGUGUCUACGGGACUGUGGGAGGUACAAUCAUCAUCAUUCUAACCAGCUGCAUCAGUAUGCUUACAGUCCUGGGCAACAUUCUCGUACUCCUGUCAAUCAAAGUCAACCGCAACCUCCGAACCAUCAACAACUACUUCCUCUUCAGUCUGGCUUGCGCUGACCUCAUCGUUGGUGUGUUUUCAUUGAAUCUCUACACCGUGUACGUUGUUAAAGGCUACUGGCCUUUGGGACCACAGAUGUGCGACUUGUGGCUGGUUGUGGAUUACGUGGUAAGUAACGCCUCUGUGAUGAACCUCCUUGUGAUCUGUUUCGAUCGCUACUUCUGCGUCACCCGGCCUCUGAGUUACCCGGCCAGGCGUACCGCGGGGUGGGCAUGGGCCAUGAUCGCCGCCGCCUGGUUGCUCUCUUUGCUUCUCUGGGCUCCGGCCAUCCUUUUUUGGCAGAUUGGGAGGGAUGGGCGUAAGGUCCCAGAGGGCGAGUGCUACAUUCUGCUCCUCGCCAACCCCGCUGUUACCCUGGCAACCGCCAUCCCUGCAUUCUACCUUCCUGUUGUAAUAAUGACUGUUCUGUAUAUUCGGAUAUCCCUGGCAAGUCAGAGGCGAGUUUUUAAGUCGAAGCUCGAAUCGGCAAACCUUCUUAAACCAAAUGGAGGAGCAUCGAUCAACACAGAGCCAGAUAUAGUAAAUGACAUUAAAAGAGAUCAGACGUGCUCAUUCAAAGAUGACCUCAUCAAAAAAAGCAAAAUGCUCGGCGACUCUGUGGAUUCAAGCCCCGAUGCCUCUGUGGCAGAGCGAGGGCUAGAUACAAAACCAAACACCGUCACGGAUUCUACGGAAGUGAGUAACAAGAUGCUUUGCUCUAAGAGUACCGCAUUCAAAAGCCAAACUUGUAUACACCGAACGGCUUCCAAGGUUCUCAAAGAUGUCUCCAAGUUGACUCGGCGAAAGGCUGUGAGAGAGAGAAAGGUGACGAGGACGAUUUUUGCGGUUCUCCUGGCCUUCAUCUGUACCUGGACGCCUCAUAACGUCAUGGUUCUCAUUGCUACUUUCUGCCACUGGUGUGUUCCAGAAGUUCUGUGGGUGGUGGGAUAUUUUCUGUGCUACAUCAACAGCACUGUUAAUCCAGUGUGCUACGCUUUGUGUAAUGACACCUUCAAAAGAACAUUUAAGAGACUGUUGAAGUGCCACUUUCGAAAUCAGAGCUUAAAAUGAGAAGUCUCUUGAAAGAACAGUUCGUCCAAAAGUGAAAAAUCUGCCUUUAUUUACUCACCCUCGAGUUGUUCCAAACCUGUAUCAAUUUCUUUGUUCUGACGAACACGGAGAAAGAUAUUUGGAAGGAUGCUUGUAACUAAACAGUUCUUGGCCACCAUUGACUAGAAGGAAAAAUUGCUUUGUAAAUUAUUUUUUGGUCCGUUAAACACAAAAGAAGAGAUUUUGAAGAAUUUAGGAAAGCAAACAGUUCUGGGGCACUUUUGACUAACUUACCUACCAUUUUUCCUGCGAAGGUAGUCAAUGGUGGCCGAGAACUGCAACUUUCCAAAUAUCUUUCUCUGUUCAUCAGAACAAAGAAAUUUAUACAGAUUUGGAACAACUUUUUUCAAGAAUUUUUAUUUUUAGGUGAACUUUGCCGUUUACAUGGAUUCAUUCUAACAAAUAAACGAUGAAUCAUGUCACUAAAGAGCCAAAGAUGAAAAAGUUUUUGCUGAGGUAUUUGAUGUUUAUGUUGCUAUAAUUGCAUAUGCCAAACGUCUGACUGUAUAUGACAUAUUAUUAAAAAUAUAUUUUUUGUACAUUUGUAGAGCACAAGUAGUUUUUAGGAUGCAUUCUUAAAACAUGUAUAGACCGCUUGAAUGCAACACUGUAUUGAUAUGUUUGUGAACCAAAAUAAAAUGUGCUGGUUGAGCUAUUUAACGUUUAACCUGUGGCUAAAAUUGUAUGUUCCAAACAUUUGAAUAUAUCUGACGUUGUACCUGUAUUUUUCUAUGUCCAUUUAAUCGUCAUAAAGUUUGUAACUGUACAAAAACAAAUAAAAACUGCUUGAUUUUAAAGGUCCAGUUUGUGGAAUUUAGUGGCAUCUAGCGGUGAGGUUGUGAAUUGCAACCAACGGCUCACCCGCCCCCUCCCUUUUGAAGCACUACUGUGGCUGACACAGGACUAAGAUAUAUCGUCACAUUUUUGCUUCUUUGCAAUAGGAGACGGCAUGUUUACGAAACGCGCUCUGUAGAGCAGUUUGUCCGUUUAGGGCUACUGUAGAAACAACAUGGUGAAUUCCAUGUAAGGGGACCCGCGGUGUAUGUAGAUAGAAAUAACUCAUUCUAAGGUAAUAAAAACAUAAUGCUUCAUUAUGUAAGGUCUUUAUACACCUCUGAAGACAUUUGUAUAUUAUAUCGCAUUUCUCUAAUAUCACACAUUGCACCUUUAAAAAAGCACCAGAAAUUAUAUUGAAAAUACACUUUUGUUCAUUUAUUCACAACCUGUAGAAGUAAUUAGUGUUGUAAAUUUGAUUGUACAUCCAUUACAAAUCUAAAACCAUACAAUUAUAAACAUAGAUAUUUCAUAUAGGCCGUUACUUCUAGGCGCAGUUUAACGCAUUCAGUUUACAUGUUACACCGUACAGAAAUGGUUUUCUUUCAAAAACACUGUUGUUGUAAUGUACAUAUAGAUGCUUUUAGGGGCAAAUCUAGGGUCAAGUUGGUUCUCGCCCGAUUUUUCUUUAGUAAAGACGAUCUGUUAGACAACAAAUUUGCUGUGGCCUAUAUCAUACAUGCAAAUUACAAUUAAAGAUUUGCUACCAAAUUACAACAGCAUAGACAACCAUACAUUUACUAAAUACAAAAGAAAGAAAGUGGGGGUAAUAACAAUAGGUAGGUCUACAGUUUAUUUCACCAUCUCUGAAUUUGAAGAUGUGGGAAUGUGCCAAUGUGUGGACGGGCAGGGGUGGGGUGGCUGGUCUUCAAAUUAGGUCUCCUUUCCUUUUCCCUUUUUCUUCUCCCCGUUCUUGGGUUUGGGGGUCUUUGGGG